GCAGCUCCCCUAUGGGACUCUCCAAGAGCAAGCCCAGUGACAGGAGAGGCGAGGAGCAAAAGAAGGGAUCCCCCUAUUCGUCUGCUAAGUCUAAGGACAAGUUGUUGGAGAAGCGGUUCCAGGAGUCUAGACAGGCUAGCGAAGAGACCGGGAAGCCCUUGGACAGCCUCCUCCUGGCGACGGCGACAGCCCCACACAGAGAGCCUUUUGCUUCGUUGGAAGAGAAAGCCAAUGUGAAGCAGAAGCCGAGCAAGAAGAAAGCUGUCAUUCCACAAAUCGUCAUCACUCGGGCUUCCACCGAGAGCCUAACCAGCUACAGUUCCCUGCGGAGCGAGGAGCAGAGGACCAUUCAGGAGCAGGCCGACUGGGGCCCCUACUCACGACACAGGAGCCCCAGCACGGCCGCUGCCUUCAGCCCUCACGCCAAGGAAUAAAUGAGCGCAGGGAGCCGUGUGUACACUGAGUCUUGCUCGGCCCUGUGGGGAGCCCGUGUACUACAUGCUGCACCUAUGAUCUAGUUCCAAGCCUCGGGGACUGGGUGGAGAGCAGGAGGGACCGGCCCAGGGUGCGGAGUGUACCACGUGAACGAGCUGGCACAUCCCCAAGUCUGUGGGAAGUGGCUGGCUGUGCAGAGCUGGGGACACGGGUGGCUUGAUGGCCCUUUAGAGGGUGUGAACGCUGUGCCCCAAACUCGGGAACAGGUCAGAGUCUGAGGACUGAGCUAUGGUGUGAUGCUCGGGCAGAGCAGUGGAAAGUCAUGUUGGUGAGGGCUCCUAGCUGACCGUGAGCUGACCCAGAGUGCUGAGGCCCGAAGGGCCAGGUGUGUUGGUGCGCGCCCGUAACCAGCACUCUGGGAGGCUGCAGCAGGACUGCAAGACCGUAUUGGGGGAGGGCAGCCAAGAGCCAAGACACUGAGGCUGUGGAAGUGGCCUUGCUAGAGCUGUCCUCUCUCUGGCUCCAUGGACAAGAGAUCUCUAGGGUGCAGAGCCAGCUGGGAUCCAGUGUGGCACUGCAGGGCAGCCUCUCUGAUGGGUCACCUCGCCGCAGCCUCAGGCCAGGGUGCUACAGAAGCCCUGCAGGCCUAUCUAGUGUAGGAGUGUGUACACGUGCAUGCGCGCGCGCACACACACACACAGUCCUACUAUAUAGUGUCAUGUCUAGUAUUCACACACAUGUAUUAUACACUCACAUGGUCCUAUCUAGUACACAGCUGCACACAGUCCUUUCCAGUAUACAGUCCUAUCUAAUACAUGGUCCUAGCUAGUACACAGGCACCCACACAUCCUAUCCAUUACACACACACAGUCUUUUUUUAUUUUU